AGGCCACGAGACUUUCCUGUCCACACGUUUUAUAGAGUUACCUUGACCCUUCCAGACGUCAAAGACUCAAAGAGUCAAGACACACCACACAAGGCAAGGAUAAAAGCUGUCAACAUCAUCAGCGUCCCUUGCUCCACACACACACAGCGUCCCUUGCUCUCAGCCAUGGCGAACCUCGCGCCGACCUGGGUCACCAAAGCGGGCCUCGGCGUCCUCACCCUCAACUCCGGCCUGGCCAUGUACCGCGCGAGGGGCGACCCGGCCUCCAUCCUCUUCGUCUCAGGUUCGUACGCCACCCUGCUCCUCCUCUUCCGCUGCCUCCGGGACUACGAGCGGGCGGCCCCCGGGUCCCCGGCGAGGGAGCGGGCGAGGCGCGCCGUGUGGCCGCUCACCACGCUGCUCACCUUGGCCUUCUCGUGGAAGGUGGCGGCGGUCAUGCCUUCCGCCGUCGCGGCCGCCGUCGUCUGGGCGCUCGCCGUCGCCACCACCGCCGGUGGCUUCUUUGCUCUGUUCGUUCCCGGAUGAAGCCAUGGAUUUCGCUCAGAUGCAUGCUUCAGGCCGGCCGGGUGCGUGUGUGUGUGCUACUUAUGCGUGUAUGGUAUGGACUGAGAAGGAGACUGCAGCAGGACCCUGUAUUUUUGUACUAACAGUAUGUGUAUAUAUAUUGUAGAUAUGUAUAAGUAUGCGCGAUGCUAGCUUUUUGUUCUACUGUAUGUAUUUGCUGGUCUUCUUCUGUAUAUAGUACCCUCUGUAAAAGUUUGCCUCGAUCAUCAGCCAUAUAUUGAGCGAGGAAGCUAGUUCAAAUUUGUACGGUGGAUUAUCGAAGGAUCACCGAAGCUCCUUGUAAAGAGAAAAGAUGAGGACUGACUAGCGAUUAGGCAGUUUGCUUGAUAAGAUAUAAAAGAUACUAUUUACUGAUAAACUUAAAUGAACAUGUUAGAUGUUUAGA